CAUGGAGAAUAAUGCAAGUAAUGCUAAGGAUGCGAAGAACACCUCAGAUGAAGAUGACAGUGGAGACACGGUUCAACAGAAAGCUCAGGAAGAAAUUCUCUUUCAUGAGGAAACCAUUGAUCUCGGUGGAGAUGAAUUUGAAUCUGAAGGGAAUGAAACUGUAUCAGAAGAUUCAAAUAAUUUUGUAGAUAAACUUAAUGAACAAAUGAUGGAGAGCGUCAUUAUUUCAGAUUCUCCAAACAACAGUGAAGAUGACACAGGUGAACUUGGUUGUCUGCAAGAGAUUGUAGAACAAAUAGAAGCUAAAGAUAAUAAAAAACCACAAGCAGAAGUGGAUAAAGAAGAGUUUUUAAGUAAUGAGAGUGAAACUGAACAUGAAGAAACACCCAAAGACAUUUCUGAGAUUGGAACAGAUGAUCAGGCAUCUUUAAAAGACGAAUCAAUUCAGGAAGCAGUGAAGGAGGAACCAAAAUUGGGAAACAAUGUUCCUGUUGAAACAAAACCAAAUAAUAUUGAUGAAACCAAACCUAAGGACCAGAUAUCAUCACCUAGUACUAGCAAACUACCUUCUGAGGCUGAGCCUAUUCCUGUGUGUACCAUUUUCAGCCAAGCAAACAAUGUUAAUACCCAGCCACAGUUGUUCCUACCUGAUGGUUUUGAGCCUCAGAUGGUAAAAUCUCCCAGUUUUAGUAGUAUAAUUGAGACUCCUGUGAAGUCUAAUCCACAGGUGGUUCAACCAAGUCCAAGUCUAAGCAAGUUCUUUGGUGAUACUGUUAACACUAAUACUUUAGCUUCUGAUUUUUUUGAUUCGUUUACCACAUCUAAUUUUAUUUCAGUUAGUAAUCCCAAUGCAAGCUCUUCAGUUCCAGAACAAAUGUCCUCUCUUUCCAAUGGUGGAGACAGUUCUUCUGCUUCAUCUAAUCCUGCUUUCUCUGUGGGAAAUGGGAGACCUGAAGCAGGUGGUUCUCCAUCAUCUCUAGGAAUAACUCAGUCCCCCAAGCCAUUCUCACAAAUCCAGGCUGUUUUUGCUGGGAGUGAUGACCCUUUUGCCACAGCCUUAAAUAUGAGUGAACUAGAUAGAAGAAAUGAUGCUUGGCUUCCUAGUGAGGAAACCAGAAAUGUUCUAAUUUCAGUUGCCACACAACAAUACAGCACUGUGUUCAUAGAUAAAGAGAAUCUCACAAUGCCUGGAUUAAAAUUUGACAAUAUCCAGGGAGAUGCAGUAAAAGAUUUAAUGCUUCGCUUCUUGGGGGAGCAAGCUGCAGUGAAGAGACAAGUUUUAAAUGCCAACUCUGUAGAACAGUCAUUUGUAGGCUUGAAACAGCUAAUUGUAAGUAACAAUCUUU